GCAGCUAGUGUGAACAUGGCAUUAGCUUUCCUGAGUGUCGGUCGACUUUUCUCUCAACCGAGUCCCUUUGGAUUUAUGCGUCAAAAUUUAUUUGUCCUUAUCGAGAGGCGAACCAUCCGCGAGCUCUUUGCGUGCACUUUCUUCCGCAAAAAUUUCGUCGCAAAAGCAAACAAAACUAUUAAUAAACGACGCGAUCGCGAACGGCAGUCCACGGGUUACCGUGCGGUGGUGAAAGAUCCUGAAAACGGUUCCCCAUUUCUUCCAGGUAGGUGCGCAAGCCCCAAAGCCGUCAAAAUUAAGCCCCAGGCGGAGCAGCGGGCGGAAGAAAGGACGGAAAGAGAAAGUGUGUCGUCGUCUUCGGACACUUCAUCGUCGUCUACUUCCGCCGGAGCGCUGCACCAAGUACCACCCGCCGCUGAAGAUCCCUCCCAGCAACCAACGCUCGAAGAUCAAGGCUGUUCGUCGCAUCAAUCCACGGUCCAGGAAGCCUACGCCAGCGCUAGCCCAAGCGAUUCAUUCCCGGUGAUAGAAAACGAAGACGUAGUUGCUGUCGACGGUGCAGAAACCGCCCAGCCGGAAGCGGGCGAGGAGGGUACGCCCGUAAACGGCAGCGAACAGCCUCACCCGGACGAAGUCCCGCAGGACAGUAGUGCAAACUCCCGACAAGAGAACAACAACAUGCCGGUUAGGGUCGACAUUGUGCCGCCUCCGCCCAACAACUCGAAACAGUUGGGCGUCACCAAAUCGCUCCUCUACAACGGAUCCAAAUUCCGAGGGUUCCAGAAGUCGAAGGGCAACUCGUACGAAGUGGAAGUCGUGCUGCAGCAUGUGGACGAGGCCAACUCAUACCUUUGCGGUUACCUCAAAAUAACUGGACUGACCUUCGAGUUCCCCACGCUCACGACGUUCUUCGAUGGGGAGAUUAUUUCUAAGAAGUAUCCCUUUCUCACCCGAAAGUGGGACGCCGACGAGGAAGUCGAUCGAAAGCAUUUUGGUAAGUUUGCCGCUUUCGUGGACUACCAGAAGAACUUCAACUCGGACGACUUCGACUACGAAGCCCUGCAGAAAAGCGACUACGUGUUCAUGAGAUGGAAAGAACACUUCCUGGUACCUAAUCAUAAAAUAAAGGACAUCAACGGGGCUUCGUUUGCCGGGUUUUACUACAUCUGCUUCCAAAAGUCGCGAGCGGUAAUGGAAGGAUACUAUUACCACAGGACGUCCGAAUGGUAUCAAUCACUCACUCUGGAACACGUACCCGAGUCGUGCAUUCAGAUCUACGAAUUCAGAUAAGUAUAUACUUUAGAGGGUCGAGAUUUCCAAACUACAAAUUACACAAGCAAAGCAAAAUUCAACAUCACCUGCUAGGUAGAUUGAAAACAAUCAUUACCUAAUCUAUAAUAGCUUUUAUUUGGUCACUCCGCUGAUGUUAUGCAAUCAAGCAGUAAAUUUCCCCAACAAACACGAAAUCUACAAUCGUGCCAGUAAGUUAACGUUCACGAUACCUACAUCACGUAUGUAACUGAAAAAUACUUUACACGUAAAAUCUUAAUUGAGUUCUCUGGUAGAGCAGCCGCAAGGUAGCGCCAAGUCACUGACUGUUAGUAACACUAAAUAUGAUUUGAAAUACUUGACCUGCGUCUGAAGCAAAUAUCGAUACAAAUAACUAGACCAUGUUUUUAAAUAGCGAUUAUUAACUUUCUCGAUAGUUGGAGCAUAACUUUUUUCGACUUUUACUGCUUAUUAGUGUACGGAGCAACAUCGUCAGUAGCAAAACACUAGUGCAAAGGAAACGAUGUUGCCAAACAGCAGGACUACAUGCAUAAACUAGAAUAUUAAAGAAUAAAAGCGUUUUUUCGUCCCAAAAAGAAGCAAAAAAUAAUCAAGCUAAUAAUUAAACCCUAUUAUACUAAAAUAGAAUACAAAGCACUACCUGAAUGCCAUGUUAUUAACUUUAUGGAUUAUUUAAUAUGUAAUUUUGUAUCAAUGUACGCAAAGAGAAGAAACAAAAAAAAAAUGGAACGAACGUUACACAGCAAAAUCGAUUAAACGGAGGAAAAACGCAAAGAAAUGACAAAAGACUAUCAUACGAGAAAGAAGAACCAUCGAGCGAGUCAAAGGAAGUAACAUUUCCCGCGCAAUAUUUAAACUUCAUUAAGUUAGAAAUUGACACAAACCCAUCUUCUCAAAGCAAAAAAAAAAAACGGAGUAACAAUCGUUGUAGCAGGAGUCACACAAAUAGCUGCAGAAUAGCUUUACAAAACCAUCAUCAGGUUUAGGAUUGAGCAAUUCGAAGAAUGCGCCCACUACUGACUGGGGGUGGGGCGAGCACGUAACGAGCGAGUGGAGCUGUUAUCGAACCAGCGCUGGCUGACGCUGGCUGGUUUGAAGACAUGAUGUGUAAAAAAAUGAUAUUGACGAGAUGAUAACGGACGACGUGUAAUGAUAACGAACUACCUAAUUCCAUAUAUUCAAAAGCUGUUUGGGUCAAAAGGUACGUAUAUAUUUUCAAUAAAAAAAAUUAAUCGCACCCAAUAGUGUGCGCAAGACA